CAGUUUAAUAUCUCUUUUUCACUUCUUUCUUUUCUUUCCAAAAAAGAAACAACACACAACAGUGAUAAAACUGAAAACCUAAACUUCAAAAAAGAAAAAAAAAAAAAAAUUAUCGGAAAAAAUGGUGAGGCCCAAUCAAGAAGCAAUCGACACCUUCAUUAGCAUCACGGGCGUCACUGAAUCGGUCGCGCUGCAAAAGCUAGAGGAGCAUGGUGGUGAUCUCAAUGCAGCUGUGAAUGCAUUUUUCAGUGAAGGAGACAGAAACACAUCUAUGAACAUUGUUAAUCAAACAUCUAUUCCUACUCCUCAAGAUGAUUUCAUGGAAAUAGAUGAUCCAAUUGAACCUGGAUCUCGAGCACCUCCUCUUCCACUCCUAUCUGCAGCAAGAACUUUGAAUCCAUUCUCACUGCUUGAUCCAAACAUUCGUAGAACUUUCUUGGAGGGUGGUUCUGACUUUAUGAACCGUGAACCAUUUGUUACGCAACCAAGAGAGGUUAGAGAGAUCCCCAUUGAGGUUAAGGAUCGCAGUGAUCAAUCUGGUCAGGCUCCUACCAUCGAGGACGUCACUGAAUCUACACAUGCUUAUGGCUCUGAAAGCCAUGGGACAGUCAUAGUUGAUGAAGUUGAUGAGGAUGCUCAGGUUGCCAUGACUGCACCAGCCACAGUGCGGAAUGAUGGUUCUCAUGAAAGACAUAGCAGCCCCACUGCUCCUGCUUUUGAGAAUUUGCCAGACUAUAGCAAUGACAUAGAAGAAGAAAUGGUUCGAGCUGCCAUUGAGGCUUCAAAAAGAGAGGUUGAGGACUUAAGUGAUUCCAGGACUGAGCAUAGGCGAACACCUGUGGAAGAUGCCGAUCUGGCACAUGCAGUUUCAUUGUCAUUGAAGACAGCAGAGCAAGAGAAAGCUCUACGUCAGAUAGGGGAAAAUGUUGAAGCAUCAAAAGUAGGAUCUUCUGGGCCAGCUGAGCUGGAGCUGGGGAAAGCACCAACAUCAAAUGGAAGGUUAGAAGCAGGAAGCUCAUCCAUCCAAGAUGAAGCUGAAGAUCUGGAGGAGCAGCCUCUAGUUAGGCACAGGUCUAGACACAUGUCUUCUGGCUCUGUGGAAUUGCCCAAAGAAGCUGGGGUUAUUGAGGCUAGCUCGCCUUCAAGUCCUGGACAACAUGAUAUCAGUGAUCUUCCACAGCACAAUGGAAAUGCAUUCCCAGAUGAGUGGGGUGGCAUUUCUUCUGAGGAGCAUGAUGAAGCGGUUAUGCUUGAGGCUGCUAUGUUUGGUGGGAUUCCUGAAAGUGGAUAUAAUUAUCCAUAUGCACCUCAUCAGUUUAUGCGACCUGAUGGAUCUUUUACACGUCAGACACCACGUCCUCCUUCACCAUCUUUAGAAGCUCAACGUUUGAUUCGGGAACAGCAGGAUGAUGAAUAUCUUGCAUCGUUGCAAGCUGACAGAGAGAAAGAGUUGAAGGCUAGAGAGGAAGCUGAAGCUCGUCGUUUAGAGGAGGAAGAAGCAAGAAAAGCUGCUCUUGAAGAAGAAAAACAGAAAGAGGAAGAAACACGUAGGAAAAUGGAGGAGAAGCAGGAAUAUGAAAGACAAUUAGCAGCCAAAGAAGCUUCUCUGCCUCAGGAGCCAUCAGCAGAUGAUGAAAACGCUGUAACCCUUCUGGUGAAGAUGCCAGAUGGUAGUCGUCGUGGACGUCGAUUUCUCAAAUCCAACAAGCUACAGUCCCUUUUUGACUUCAUAGAUGUUGGCAGAGGGGUCAAGGCUGGCACAUACAGACUGGUGAGGCCAUACCCAAGGCGUGCUUUCAGCGAUGGGGAGAGUGGUUUAACUCUGAAUGAACUAGGUCUGACGAGCAGACAGGAAGCUUUGUUUCUGGAGUUAAUCUAGUUAUGUUGCUGUCCGUUUUCAUUGUAUUAAGAAAUUAGCUAUAUUUCAACAGGAAUUUCGAUUGUAAGGUAUUUUAUGGUGUUGUAACUAUUACUAUACACCAGGGUGGCUUGACUGUGAGCCAUGAAUCCACAAAAAAGAAUUUGAUAAAUUAAGAUGUGGCCCAUUAUGUUUCA